GAGCCGAAAUCUCUGCGGUGCAGAGCUGGACAGCUGCUCUCCAAGCGAAAAAUCAGACGUCUUGUUUCUCCGCAACCCCCCUUCUCUGCAUUCUUGGCUUACGGACAUACAUUAUAGAGUUGCUGUAAGUGGGACGGGAGCCCUUUAACGGCACUCGCUAUUUUUUUUUAUUUAUAUUUUGAGUUCAGUACGGGCGAAAGGACUCGAAUUCCUACUUUUGCACUGAGAUUUAUCUCUUGCUACCUCUGUUUCUUGUGUUUUUUUUUAGCAGACUGAGUAGAUUGCAUCGGUGUGUAUUACGUGUAUGAUGCAAAUUCCGAUGUCUUGCUGUCCAUUAGGCAGAAAGUUUUUUUCUCCCUUUUCCAAGCUGUUUUAAACCAUCGAGCGGCACUGUAUGCUACAACAUUCGAGUGUGUCGCGUUGGAGGACUCACAGAAACUAUUGCAUGAGAAAGGAAAGGGAGGAAAAGCAAAAGUCGAUUUUUGCGACGCUGGCAAACACUCUCGCCUAUUUGCAAAACAGAGACACAAUGAGUGCUGAUCUUACCAUGGGUCCAGAACUGCCAACCAGUCCACUGGCAUUGGAAUACGUCAAUGACUUUGAUUUGAUGAAGUUCGACGUGAAGAAAGAGGCCUUGGCAGGACUCGACCGCUCCAACAUACGGCAGUGCAAUCGACUUCAGCCACAGGGGUCUGUGUCUUCAACUCCGAUCAGCACCCCUUGUAGCUCAGUACCUUCUUCGCCAAGCUUCAGUCCCACGGAACAGAAGAAUCAUUUGGAGGAGCUCUACUGGAUGCCCAGCGGUGGCUAUACGCAACAGAUAGACCCACAGACACUCAGCCUGACCCCAGAGGACGCUGUGGAAGCUCUGAUCGGUGCCACGGCCCAUGGGCAUCCACCUCCUCCCCAUGUCCAGCAGCAACUUCAACAAGGAGGCUUUGAGGGCUACAGAGCAGCGCAUCAUCACCACAGCCACGGCCACGCUCAACAACACCACCACCAGUACGGUGGGAUUCCCCACCAUCCUGACGACCUGCCAGGUCACCCGGGAGCACACAGUCACGUACACAGUCAGCAUCAUCAUCAUCACAGCCAGGAUCCUGACAGUCCGUCUCCUACCUCGCCUGGGUCCCAUCAGCAGCUUCAUCACCGUCACCACCACCAUCAUCAUCCGCAUGCCCACGCAGGCCAACAAGGUCACCAUGGCGGAGGGGCCGGUUUGAACGUGGAGGACCGCUUUUCUGACGAACAGCUGGUGUCCAUGUCCGUACGAGAGCUCAACCGACACCUGCGAGGCUUCUCCAAGGACGAGGUUAUCCGUCUGAAGCAGAAACGUCGGACCCUCAAGAAUCGCGGCUACGCUCAGUCUUGCCGUUUCAAGCGGGUUCAGCAGAAGCACGUUCUGGAGAACGAGAAGAAUCAGCUCAUCAAUCAGGUGGAGCAGCUAAAGCAAGAGAUCAACCGGCUGGCCCGUGAGAGAGACGCAUACAAACUGAAGUGCGAGAAACUAACUGGCGCGAACGGGUUCUGUGAGGCUGGGUCCACGAGUGACAACCCGUCUUCGCCAGAGUUCUUCAUGUGAGUCUCUCUAAUGCCUGACAACUGAUGCUGAAGAAAUAUGAUAGUAACCAACAUUACUGAUUAUGAUUAUACUAAUAACAACAUCUGUAUUCAUAUUAGAAAAAAUAAUCCACAAAAUAAUAAUCACAUAUGUAAUCAUCUCCAUCACUUGGCAACUGAAAUACAAAGACAAGUUAGAGUGUUUAUCAGAAGUGCAGCAUCUUUGUAGAUUAGUUGCUUGUAGAGAACAGACUUUUUUGUUUUGUCGAAAAGAAAAAAAAAAACAUCUGAUCAUAUUUCUGAACUUUCUUCGUAUCCAGUAACAAUUUCAUCUCAUAAGAAUAUUGGAUAACGUCGGACGAGUAUUCUUACAGUGAUUUUGUUCUUUGUUGGUCUGGGGGGAAAAAAAAUCUUAUGACACAAUGUUUGUGCUAAGAGGAGUGUACUUUGGACCUGCAUUCUUCCCUUGGCCCAAAAAGUGAGAGAUAAUUGAAAACAACAGAAUAUGCAAAACUUUUACUUCUCUCUUGUUACCCGCCUGCAACCUAGAACAUCGAAAGGGGGCCAUUUAUGCAACAUCUCAUUGGUUUAAUGCCUGCUUGGUUAUAUAUAAAUAUAUAUUAAAACAAAAAAAUCUGCAUUAAAAUAUUAAUCCUGCAUGCUGGACAUGUAUGGUAAUAACUUCUAUUUUGUACUUUCUUUUUUUUCUUGUGUAUCUUAAAUAGCAUGUUGUUGAUCCGAACUUCUCCAUAGCUGUUUUCUGGGCUUUAGAAUUGACACGGUGAUCAUAUCAAGAUGACUGCCUGUGCAGUCACAUGUUGUUUGGGUUUAUUUGGGCUUGUAAAUACGUGCAACAGCAAACUACAAACCAACAUUGAGGGGAUGGAUUUUAACUUUUUAAAUUGUUUUGUCGAGUAUUGAUUUCCAGAAAUUGGCGUUUUGCAGUUGCAUUUAAAGUCAACCAACUUUGUAUAUUAAGUGCACUUUUUGGAUAAUGAUUUUGGUAUUGGCAGUUUUCAUUUUGAGUUUUUUGCAGAC